UGAUUUCGCGCUGACGUGGUCGAACGUCGCAGAUGUCGCAUCCUGGUGUGGCUUUUCAAAAUGUCAAAAUAGUCUUAGACGAUAUCAACACACACCGGACAGUGGACACGAUGGACGGCAACAGAAUGAAUCCUGGAGAUCAGCAAUUUAUUUCUUUCCAAGACUUUCCUGACAUGAACAGUGCAAGUUCGGCACAGGUACACGUCGAUCUAGGAACUCCCGGACAAAAUCAGCAACUCUUCGGACAGAUGCAGGAUGAUCCAUCACUGCAAGGUUUUCCUGGUCAGAAAGACGAAAAAGCCCCAAAGAGUUUUUGGACUGUGGAGUAUUACCAAAAGUUUUUCAACGUAAGCACAAAUGAUGUGGUAGAAAGGUUGAAGAGAUCGAUGAUACCUCAUGGAAUGGAUAAUUACUUGAUAUCGUACAUAAGGCCAAACCCAGACUUGUAUGGCCCAUUUUGGGUUUGCGUUACAUUAAUAUUUGCGAUCGCAAUCAGCGGAAAUCUCGCUAAUUACUUCCAGACAGCGAGUAGUGGAAAUUAUCAUUGGAAGUAUGAUUUCCACAUUGUGUCGUAUGCUGCCACUUGUAUAUUUCUUUACGCUUGGUUGUUACCACUCGUGCUUUGGGGAGCUUUAAAAUGGUCCAAGUCUCAAGAACCGACUGCAAAUGAUGAAUUAAUUCAGAAUGAUGCAGACAUUGGCCUGCUGGAACUUCUCUGCCUGUAUGGCUAUUCUCUCACGAUUUAUAUUCCUGUAGCGUUCUUGUGGACAAUACAAAUAGGUCUCUUGCAAUGGUCACUGGUAUUAGUUGCAACUGUUUUAUCUGGUGGUGUUUUAAUAAGGUCUCUGCUACCAAUUAUUCCAGGAAAACAAAAACCUAUAUACCUCGCUGUUAUAUUGGGAAUGCACUUGGUGCUCGCGGCAGGUUUUAUGCUGUACUUUUUCCACGUGCCAUCGACAUCGCAUCCGGAUAUUAUUCCUACUCCGAGUUCAACAUCUACAACUGUGGCACCUAUAAAAAUAAGUCCUGCUCAGAAUAUCAGUGCACCUUCCAAGCAAGCGUAAAUUCUUAAUCGAUAAUUCACUCACCGAAGAAGAAGGCUGAUUAGCAUGUAAAUGUGGAACUCUAUGCUUUCAGUCCUUCCUAAAUAAAUGCUAUGGCUAAGUGAUAUAAGUGAUACCAUAAUUAAUUCGAAUAUGCGAUAAGUUUCUACACUGAUGAAAAAGUUGAUCUUUUAUUGACAUUAUGAAAGUAAAGGAAUUGUAUACAUUUUUAUUUAUUUAUCCGAAAUACAAUGUUUUUCAAUGUUAACAAAAUGGAUUCACUAGAUUCGAUCGUACGUUAAGUUACCAUGUGGUAGUUCCUGUACUUUGUCAUAGGUUUCACUGCACCUUCUAAUCUAAUAUGAGAGUCUAACGACUCUUAUAAAGUUUGAAUAAUUUUAUAACAACUUUAUAAUAUACAGUACUCGAAAACAAAUAAAUUAUUUGUUACAGUA